AUGGAGAGCAACUCGAUCACCCACCAAGAUGCCUCUAAGGCACCCAACUCAGAGAAGGUUGAUCAAUCGAUGAUCCACCACCCGACCCUGAUUCGGUGGUAUAUUGAUAUUAGACGCUGGGAAGACAAAGGGUUCGACCUCCCUCUGGUCCACACUCUGACCCAGUCUGACCAAGAAGCUGUCAAGCGGUACUUCCACGCUUCAGACAAGCGCAUGUCUCUGGCUUCCCAGCUCCUGAAAUACUACUUUGUGCACCAAACUACUGGGGCAAGCUGGAAUGAGAUUGAAAUCCAGCGUACUCCCGCUCCUGAAAAGCGACCAUUUUACGAUGCCAGUGUUGAUUUCAAUGUCAGUCAUCAGGCUGGUAUUACAUUAUUGGCAGGCACACGGGUUCCCAAACCUUCAACCUUUGGUCAGAACUCUGCUCCUCGUGUCGGUGUUGAUAUCGCUUGUGCAGAUGAACCCGCGCGUCGUCGUUCCGAUCGGCCCCCAAAGACCCUCGCUGAUUUGGCAACAUUUGUUGAUGUCUUCGCAGAGGUCCUCUCUUCUACUGAACUUGAAACUAUCAAGAAGCCUCUCAAGACCAUUCGAAUGGCGCACCAACUAGGUCUGACCAAAAUCGAUCCGAAUGACCACAGUGAAGAAAUACUCGCAGGCUACGGCCUAAGACUCUUCUACUCAAUUUGGGCUUUGAAAGAGGCCUAUCUGAAAAUGACUGGAGAUGGCCUUAUAGCCCCCUGGAUUAAAGAACUUGAGUUCUCAAACGUCAUUCCCCCAGUGCCUGCUCUGCGCGAUUCUUACCAGGCUGAGCCUGCCACUCAGCCUGCUUUCACCAUUGCACCCUCCGUGCACAGCUGGGGUCCCCCAUAUAGCGAUGUCAAAGUCACCCUGAAGGGCAAAUCGAUCGACCAUGUCCGCUUACAACUAGUCGCUUUUGAAAACGACUUCAUCAUCGCCACGGCCGCUUCCGGCUCUAAUGUCGGCACUGUGUCCAGUGGUAUCGUCAACAAAGACGACCAUCACCUACCUGGAUAUAUAAAUAUCAUCGAUCCUGUGCAAGGAUCACAAAAUAUUCGCAUUGCACCUGUUGCAGGUCGAGACAUCGGGGACCGAGAUCCUUGGCGUGUACUCUCGGCUAUUAGUGACCCUUGGCUGCCGAUGCAGGAGGUCGAUAUUGACAUUGAUAUUCGGCCUUGUGCUGAGGGGCUAUGCAGCCACUCGCCGAGCCCCCACUCUAUUUUUGCGUGA